AACAGCAAGAUGGUGCUGGCUGUGAGGCAGUGACAUGGUGGCAGCCUGGUGUUGCCCCUCCACCCCAGCAAGCUCAUGUUUUACCAGCUUCUGUGGCUGCGUCAUUGGGAGGCUGAGGUGCCUCCGAGGAUCAGCGCCUCCUCACAGGAGCCCAAGUGAGGAGAGAAGCAGAUGAUUCAUGAACUGGCACAGGCAGAGCCCCGCCCUGCCUCCAUGGCUCACCAUGACUCCAGCAGUCCUCGGAAGAUGGAGCCGGACCAACAAGGUCACCUACCUCUGGCCACUCUGGCCUUGGUCAGAGGACCAGGUGGGAGGGCGUUGGGCUGGACUCAUCCUGGCCGCCUCCGGCCGUCUCUGCUCCUACCUGAGGCCCUGUCCACAGCUAUGGCUCGGGUGAGGUGGCUAGUGGUGGCCAGUUCUGCCCUGUUACACUUCUGUGCCUGGGGAGGGGCACUGACCCCUUACUGGCAGCUAUGCUCCCACCUGGGCUGCCAGGAGGGAGUCUGAGAAGCCAGCCUUGUAAGGUAAGUGGAGUUUUUUCUAAACUGGUAUAGAAGUGAGGUGAGAACCCCUGUUGCUUCCCAGAGGCCGGAGCCUGUAAUUCCCGAAGAGGCUGAAGUCUCUGCAGCUGCCUUUCCUGGUCUCCUGGGGCCGCCUUUUUAUUCCCACACCUGGGACCCUAUGUGCUUUAGGCCCCUCCCUGGGGCAGUGCCCAGACCUCUGGGUGGAGAAUGGAGACAGGGUCCCUGUGUCUGCCCACAGUCGGGGCCCAGCACAGGCAGGCCCUCUGGAGAGCCCCCUGGGCUGGGGCAGAACAAGCGCCCCAUCCAUCACUGACUGCAGGCCUGACAGGGACAGUUAGGGGGAAGGCUGAGGCGCUGGGAGAGGAUGGUUCAGCGGGAGGCUUUGUCCUCACACACCUGAACUCCCCACAGGCUCUUACUGCACAUGCCCCCACCCCCAAAAGAAGAUUUCAGCUGUAGGAACAUUACAGCCCAUGACAUCCCAUGGCGGCGCAGAGAGAAGCAUCCAGGGAUGCUUGGGGACUAGUGUUCUCCCCGCUGGCAGGGCCACAUCACCUCUGUGUCCUGCACUCUGAUGGGGCAGAGAUGCUCAGAGCAUGGAAGGUGAGCAGAUGGUAGGGACUAGUGGAUGUGGUGACCAGGGGAUGUGGGGCAGACAGUGGGACCAGCCCUCCCCAGCUGGCCCCUCCAGGAAGGAGUAGGCAGAGUUGGUAAAGAUGCCUGGGACUCAGGCAUGAAGCUUCGUGGUAAGAGCUGUGGGGCAGCACCAUCCACAGGCGUCGGCCCUGGGGCCAUUUGCCCCGUGAAGGUCCUCCCGGGCUCGAGCAUGGGCAGCCCCCUCCUCUCCGUGGAGAUAAGCCCAUGCCAGCUUCUCUCUGGGCUCUGCUGUCCAGCAGCCCUCAGCCUUUCUCCUGGCACCUCCAUGACAGGGCAAAGUGGUUCUGAGCCCUGCUUUCUGGCCAGCCCUGAGCCUACAGGGAGCCUCCCUCCCCUGCCGUUAGGAGCUGUAACUGUGAUGCUGCCUGGUAACCCUUGGUCACUUGCCUCUGUCCCACCAGGAUUUGAGAUGUGGAGGCUGAGGAGCCUGGCCCAGUGACAGAAGCCUGUCCCUUCACUCAUUCAUCAAACAGGGCCAAGUCAGCCCCCCUCGUGUGAGAUCUCACACUUAAAUGGGAACAAGCAGCACAGCGAAGAGGGUGGGGAGCAUCUAAAGCUGCUGUUCUGUCAAGAAGACCCCUUUCAUUCAGCAAGUACUGGCUGAGCACGCUCUAAGGGUCAGGCUCUGUGUGGGUGCUGCUGCACGAGCUCCAGCUCUCACAGGCUUCAUCCAGUGGGAUGAGACCGAUUGUAACACUCCAUGUUACAGUGGUAAGAAAAAAAUAAGCAGGAUAAAGGAGAUAGAGUGGUGGGACAAAACGAGCGACUUUAGGAUGCUGUGGUAGGAUGACAUCUGGGCAGAAGCUUGAGUGAAGGGAGGGACAAGCAUGUGGCCAUCUGGAGGCAGAAUGCCCAGGUAGGGACCAGUGCCCAAGGCCUGAGGCAGGAGCCCGUUUGGGAAACAUGGUUUAAAUGGCAUUGUGAAACAAACGGUAGUGUCUGAGAUAAGCCCCGUAGCCGGUUCUGGGCAGGAAGCACGCCAAUUACUUGCACUCUUGACAGAAACCAGCAUGGCCCAUCUGGCCAAGGGGCAGAAAGGAUGCAGCCCUCGUACUGGCAGUCUGCAAGCCCCAGGCUCCUCUAGGAGCGAGGUAACAGACCUGAACUGAGGCCAGAUGCUCGUGUUCUCUGAGAAGCUGUAGGCUGAACUUCUGUUGGGUUGUCGGAAAAGUCAUGAUGCAUUUUUGCAACGAAAAACAGAGAAAAUACGUCAUGACUUUUCUGACAACCCAACAGAAUGUAGAACUGCCAUGUCCUGGCACUGUACUGGGCUGAUGAGGACAGAUACCACACAGUGCAGAUCAGCAUACAGAAGUCUUCAGUCCUGGAGACUCUUGGUGGGGCAGAGGGGAAUGGCCUGUGUUCCUUCUGGCUUUCUCACUGACUGCAUACCUCUGCACACAACCCUUGUAGCUCAGAGAUGUCCACGUGGCCUAUGCUAGUUAGACCAGCUUGCCUAGUUAUCAAGCCAUGUCCUUUCGAACUCGCUGUUUUGGUGGCUCAUUUCAGGUAAUGAAAACAAACCGCUUCUGGCUCUGAGUAGCUUGCAGUAGACAAUGCCUGCUGAGGACUCAAGGAACUGGCCAUAAUUCUGAAGAUAUCAGCCUGAAGAUCUGCAGUCACUCCAGCAGCCAUGACUCAGAGGGGAACUUGAGGAGCAGCCACAGGAAGUGAACACUAAUGGGAAAGUCAAGGAUUCCCCCCCAAAAACGACUGGACCCAGGACCUGUCAUGGACCCUCAGCUGCUGCCUGACAGUAUCCUUGUGACUCGGUCACUCAGGUCACCUGUGCCUGGAACGCACAGGCUCUCAUUUGCCUCAGGAAGGCUGCCUACUGCCCUGCUGGUAACCAAGCAAAGAAAGAAAACUGAUAUCAAAGAAUAUCAACUCCUGGUUCUUAGCAGAAUUCCCAUUAUCCUUCCAGAAGUCACGUUUCAGAAUGAAGGGUGCCAGGCUGAUGGGGGUGCUGCUUGCCCUGGCUGGUGUGCUGCAUGUGGCCCUGGCCCUGAGAAUAGCAGCGUUCAACAUCCAGACUUUCGGGGAGACCAAGAUGUCCAAUGCCACCCUCUCUGAUUACAUUGUGCAGAUCCUGAAUCGCUAUGACAUUGUCCUGGUGCAGGAGGUCCGAGACAGCCACCUGACGGCCGUGGGGAAGCUGCUGGACAGACUCAAUCAGGAUGACCCCAACGCCUAUCAUUACGUCGUCAGCGAGCCACUGGGCCGCAGCAGCUACAAGGAGCGCUACCUCUUCCUGUUCAGACCUGACCAGGUGUCCGUGCUGGACAGCUACCAGUAUGAUGACGGCUGCGAGCCCUGCGGGAACGACACAUUCAGCCGAGAGCCAGCCAUUAUCAAGUUCUCCUCCCUGUUUACCGAGGUUAAGGAGUUUGCCAUUGUCCCCCUGCACGCGGCCCCUUUGGAUGCAGUGGCUGAGAUCAACUCUCUCUAUGAUGUCUACGUGGAUGUCCGGCAAAAGUGGGACCUGGAGGACAUCAUGUUGAUGGGCGAUUUCAAUGCCGGCUGCAGCUAUGUGUCCUCUUCGCACUGGUCAUCCAUCCGCCUGCGCACGAGCCCUGCCUUCCAGUGGCUGAUUCCUGACACCGCUGACACCACAGUGACAUCCACACACUGUCCCUAUGACAGGAUCGUGGUUGCUGGGACUCUGCUCCAACAGGCCAUCGUUCCCGACUCAGCUGGUCCCUUUGACUUCCAAGCUGCAUACGGACUGAGUACCCAGAUUGCCCGAGCCAUCAGUGACCAUUACCCGGUGGAGGUGACGCUGAAGAGUGCCUGACGAGAGCAGCUCCCAGGGCCCUGGUUGGUGACCGCUAGCCUGUGGCUGCUCCUGUUGUCAUCUUCAGGUUCUGGGAAUGGAGUUUAAGAAACCAGUACCCUGCCCCCCCAAAAACAGCUUGCAGAAGGAGGGUGGAAGGUAGGCUUUUUCUUGCUAUACCUGCUUCUGUUACAAGCAUGGGGUGUGCCACCAGAGUAACCUACCUUGUCAAUCUGCACAAAAAGUUUAACAUUUAGAUUAAGAAAUACCUUUUAAUUUAGAUUAAGAAAUACCUUUUAAUUUAAAUAAAGCUCAAAAGGGGGUAUUCUCA